AGGAAGACCAUCUGUGUGAUCACGCGCCGCUACCUGCAGAGCGAGUGGUGCUCCAGAGAGAUCCAGAUGGCCAGUUUCCGUCUGUUUGACGAGCAGAAGGACGUGUUGAUCCUGCUGUUCCUGGAGGACAUCCCGGCCCACCAGCUGUCUCCGUACUACCGCAUGAGGAAGCUGGUGAAGAGACGCACCUACCUGAGCUGGUCGCAGGCCGGCGGACACCCGGGAGUCUUCUGGCAGAACGUACGGAGAGCUCUGGAGACGGGGGACGAUCUCACCGAGACC